AACUGACGCCGGAACCCCGAGGCGGCAGCGGCCGGUUUAGCGUGGCCUGGCAGGGCUUGGAGGACCGGCCGGCGCGUGGCACCAGCCAGGGAGCCUGAGGCCGGGGAGUCGUGCACAGGCGCUACUCGGUUGGGCCGUGAGCCGGCCGAGGCCUCGGCUGCGAGACCUUCCCGAUGCCGGUUGGGGCUCUGCGGAGCAGAGCGGAGGCUGCGCCCGGGCCUCGGGCGGGGUAGAAGGCCGGCGGGCCCGCUGCCCUGCGCGCGGUGGAUGCGGCGGCGGCGAUGGACGCCCUAGAGGAAGAGAGCUUCGCGCUGUCCUUCUCUUCCGCCUCUGAUGCAGAAUUUGAUGCUGUGGUUGGAUAUUUAGAAGACAUUAUCAUGGAUGAUGAGUUCCAGUUAUUACAGAGGAGUUUCAUGGACAAGUACUACCAGGAGUUUGAAGACACGGAAGAGAAUAAGCUCGCCUACACACCUAUUUUUAAUGAAUAUAUUUCUUUGGUAGAAAAGUAUAUAGAAGAACAGCUGUUGGAGCGGAUUCCUGGAUUUAACAUGGCGGCUUUCACUACAACUUUACAGCACCAUAAAGAUGAAGUGGCUGGUGACAUUUUCGACAUGCUGCUCACGUUUACGGAUUUUCUGGCUUUUAAAGAAAUGUUUCUGGACUAUAGAGCAGAAAAAGAAGGCCGGGGACUGGACUUAAGCAGCGGUUUAGUGGUGACUUCAUUGUGCAAAUCUUCUGUGACAGCUUCCCAGAACAAUCUGCGGCCCUAGGUCCCACCUCCAGGUAAUGGGAUCUUUCUAGACAUCACCAGCCCAAUAGACUGGGAGAGGCUUUGGCUAAUGAUGUCAGAAGAAUACAUCUUGGAAUGACUGACUGUUCUGCAA